CGGGCCGGUCCUGCGGAGCCCGGCCGCGCCAUGGCGCUCAAGGCCGAGGGUGCCGCGCUGGACUGCUUCGAGGUGACGCUCAAAUGUGAGGAGGCGGAGGACGAGGACGAGGACGAGGCCGUGGUGGUGGCCGUGAUCCCGCGGCCCGAGCCGAUGCUGCGAGUGGCUCAGCAGGAGAAGACCCCGCCGCCCAGGCCCUGCCUGCUGGAUGCGGGCGGCGGUGGCUGUGAGGAGCCCAGGCUGCAGAUGACGUGGGAGCAGGAGUUCCUGGUGGGGAGCAGCCCGGAAGGCAGCGGGCGGGCGCUGUGCAUGGUGUGCGGGGCUGAGAUCCCGUUCCCCUCGGCGGACACGGCGCCCGCGCACAUCCUGGAGCAGCACCCUCACACCCUGGACCUGAGCCCUUCGGAGAAGAGCAACAUCCUGGAGGCCUGGAGCGAGGGCGUGGCCCUUUUGCAAGACGUCAGCGCUGAGCAGCCAUCCCCACCCGACUCAGACUCGGCCCAGGAUGUCAGUGCAGACCCGGAUCCUGCCCCGGACCCUGCCCGAGUGCCAGCAGAGAUUGUCGUUCUCCUCGACUCGGAGGACAGCACCGUCCUCCCGAGAAGGACCCGGCCCCGGUGACUCCGCCCGCUUGAGCUUCCAGUCGCCCCUGCCACAGAGCCAGUAAGUAAGAAGUCUCGGAGUCAGAGGUGGAAGGAGCCCCCUGAGGAAGAGCCAGCCAGAAAGAAGAGAAGCAGAUCCGUGACCAAAAACCCAGACCCAGACCCGGACUCAGACCCCUUGUCGCCUGACUCACCCACAGAGGCUUUCACAGCGCCCCCCGAGGUCCGACACUUCACCGACGGCAGCUUCCCUCCCGGCUUCGUCCUGCAGCUCUUCUCCCACACCCAGCUGAGGGCCGCGGGCGGCAAGGGCCCCGGGGCGGGGCCGGCGGCCGAAGGAGGCCUCCCCCCGCUGGAGAGCCCCUCUCCAGGUCCCCCUUCCGGCCUUCACGGGACGCUGGAUCUCCAGGUCAUCCGCGUGGAGGAGGAGUCCCCGGCGGUCAGCCGCCUGCAGGAUUGGUCCAGACAUCCCCAGGGCAACAGGGCUGUGGGAGCAGGAAGGAAGGAAUGAUGCUGGAAAUCAGGUUCUGAAGCCGGGAUGUGAAUUAUUGCAGUUGAUUCCUCUUCAUCCUUUCACUCAUGUGACUGUUUACAUUAUGCCGAUGUGCUUUUACACAACGUGGCUGUGUUGCUGGAUGUUCGCAAUCGAGAAAACGUAGAUACGAGCUCUUUGUAGAAUCGUGGAGCUGAGUGCACCUUCACCACUGUUGACGUGAUUCGUGGUUUGACCCACUAGGCUGUGAGCCCCUUCGGGGCAGGGGCUAGUUUGCAGUGACUUUGUUUCCUUAGAGCCCUGCAUAGGGCCUGGCACAUAGUAGGUGCUCAAUAAAUGUUUGUC